UCGGUCUCUUUCCCAACCUCAGCAGCCACUACAAAACCUCAAUUCAACUCAACUAGGGCUUUCAUUCCCGCGCUCCGACACAUUUCAAUCCACCACUCCCACCAUCGGAGAGGGAGAGGAGCAUCCAAAGCUCUCGAUUCUCCAUUAACCACGGGGCAAUGGUGUCUCCGAAGCAGCUCCUAGCUGUUGUGGAGUCGACUCUGUUGGGGAGGACUGCUCCAACUGCUGCCCAGAGAAUCGAACUCAUUCAUGCCAUUCGUCACUCGCUUCCCUCCCUCAAGGCUCUUCUCUCCUACCCGCCUCCAAAAGCAUCAGACAGAGCUCAAGUCCAGUUGAAAGAAGUGAGACUUCCAGAUGCUGGGAUAAUUUCACUUGAUGAUCAGGAUGUUCACAUUGCUUUAAAAUUGAGCGAAGAUCUUCAUCUCAAUGAAAUAGAUUGCGUGCAUUUGCUUGUUUCUGCUAAUCAAGAGUGGGGAUUGCUGGGUCGGGAGCCAUUAGAGAUUUUCCGCCUUGCUGCUGGACUUUGGUAUACUGAGAGAAGGGAUCUACUCACAGCAGUUUACACGCUGUUGAGGGCUGUUGUUCUUGAUCAGGGUCUUGAAGCCGAUCUUGUGGCUGACAUUCAGAGCAUUUUGGGAGAUCUCAUUACAUCUGGUCUUCGGCAGCGUUUGAUUUCACUUAUAAAGGAACUUGGUAGAGAGGAACCAACAGGCUUAGGCGGGCUGAACUCUGAGAAUUACAUUCUUGACUCUAGGGGUGCUCUUGUUGAGAGGAAAGCUGUGGUUUCUAGGGAAAGGCUAAUACUUGGCCAUUGCCUUGUUCUCUCGAUCUUAAUUGAGCGUGCCAGCUCUAAAGAUGUUAAAGACAUAUUUUUUGCCCUAAAAGAAAGUGCAGGUGGAUACAGUGGGAGCAAUGAUUCCUUGAACCAUCAGAUUACAUAUAGCCUUCUUUUCUCUCUCGUCAUCUCUUUCAUAUCAGAUGCUUUGAGCACACUAUCAGACAAAGUGCCUGUCUUGUCACACGAUGCUUCCUUUAGAAGUGAAUUUCAUGAUAUUGUGAUGGUUACUGGAAAUAAUCCCACAGUUGAAGGGUUUGUUGAUUGUGUUCGGUUUGCGUGGGCUGUUCAUUUUCUUUUGGUACAAGAUGGAAAUGAUCCAAACGAACUAAUAGCUAGUCCUCUAAGUACUGAUGUGAAAAACAUUUAUUCGUGCCUUGAAGUCAUUUUUGCCAAUAAUGUCUUCCAGUUUUGGCUUGAUAAGAUUCUUCGCACCGCAGCAUAUCAGAAUGAUGAUGAAGAUAUGAUCUACAUGUAUAAUGCUUAUCUUCAUAAGCUAACAACAUGCUUUCUUUCUCAUCCACUUGCCAGAAACAAGGUAAAAGAGUCCAAAGAGAAGGCUAUGACAGUGCUUACUCCCUAUCGCAGUGUUGCUACACACACUCAGAUGGUUGAAGGCGGUGGCAACCCUCUGGAAACUAAUGAAACUGAACAACAACCCUUUGUCUCCCUUUUGGAGUUUUUGAGUGAAAUCUAUAAGAAGGAACCUGAACUUUUAGUUCAUAAUGAUGUUAUAUGGACAUUUGUGAAGUUUGCUGGUGAGGAUCACACUAAUUUUCAAACACUUGUGGCAUUCUUGAAAAUGCUGAGCACAUUGGCAUGUAAUCCAGAGGGUGCUUCCAAAGUUUUUGAGCUGCUUCAGGGGAAAACAUUUCGUUCUGUUGGAUGGAGUACAUUAUUUGAGUGUCUAUCUAUAUACCAUGAAAAGUUUAGGCAGUCUCUUCAGAGUCCUGGAGCUGUAUUACCUGAGUUUCAGGAAGGAGAUGCCAAAGCACUAGUUGCGUAUUUGAAUGUUCUAAAACAGGUUGUGGAAAAUGGGAGUCCGGUGGAAAGAAAGAACUGGUUUCCUGAUAUUGAGCCAUUGUUCAAGCUCCUUAGCUAUGAAAAUGUGCCUCCUUACCUAAAGGGUGCACUGCGCACUGCCAUUGCUACAUUUGUCCAAGUAUCUCCUGUUAUCAAAGAUACAAUUUGGAGGUAUUUGGAGCAGUAUGAUCUUCCUGUAGUUGUUGGAACUAAUGUUGCGAGCAAUGAACCUGUAAUGGAUACACAGGUUUAUGAUAUGAAAUUUGAGUUAAAUGAAAUUGAAGCACGAAGAGAGCAAUACCCAUCGACUAUAUCCUUUAUUAAUCUUCUAAACACACUAAUUGCUGAGGAGAAGGAUGUCAGUGAUAGAGGGCACAGAUUCAUUGGCAUUUUCAGAUUUAUAUACGAUCAUGUAUUUGGUCCAUUUCCCCAGAGAGCCUAUGCAGAUCCUUGUGAGAAAUGGGAGCUAGUUGUAGCAUGCCUUAAGCAUUUCCAGAUGAUGUUGAGCAUGUAUGAUGUUGGUGAAGAUGAUGGUGAUGCUGUUAUUGAUCAAUCCUAUGCGACAGUGGGGCAGUUAUCUCAGAUUAACAUGCAGAUUCCUGUCAUUGAAAUUAUCAAGGAUUUUAUGAGCGGGAAGACCCUAUUCCGAAACAUAAUGAGUAUUGUUUUACCAGGAGUCAAUUUUCUAAUUACUGAGCGAACAAAUCAAAUUUAUGGGCAACUGCUUGAGAAGGCCAUUUUACUUUCUUUGGAAAUUAUUAUUCUUGUGAUGGAAAAAGACCUGAUUCUUUCUGAUUUUUGGAGGCCUCUGUAUCAGCCUUUGGAUCUUAUACUCUCUCAGGAUCAUAAUCAAAUUGUGACUUUGAUAGAAUACGUCAGAUAUGACUUUCAGCCACAAAUUCAAUUAUGCUCCAUCAAAAUCUUGAGCUCCUUAAGUUCUCGCAUGGUUGGGCUUUCACAGUUGCUGAUGAAAUCCACUUCUGCAAAUACAAUGAUCGAGGACUAUGCUGCCUGCUUAGAGUUGCGAUCUGAAGAGUCUCACAGUAUUGAGGACAGCAGUGUUGAUCCUGGUGUACUAAUUAUGCAACUACUUAUUGACAAUAUCAGUAGACCAGCCCCCAAUAUCACCCAUCUUUUGCUUAAAUUUGACAUUGAUGGCCCUGUUGAGAGGACAUUGCUUCAACCUAAAUUUCAUUACAGUUGUUUGAAGGUCAUUCUUGAAAUGUUGGAUAAGCUUUCAAAGCCUGAUGUCAAUGGACUGCUUCAUGAAUUUGGCUUUCAGCUUCUUUAUGAGUUAUGCGUGGAUCCACUGACCUCUGCUCCUACUAUGGAUUUGUUGUCUACAAAAAAAUACCAUUUUUUUGUCAAGCACUUGGAUUCAAUUGGUGUUACCCCCCUUCCAAAGCGAAACAGCAAUCAGGCACUUCGGAUCAGCUCACUGCAUCAGAGAGCAUGGCUGUUGAAGCUUUUAGCUGUUGAACUACAUUCAGCAAACAUGAAAGAAUCAAAUCAUCGUGAAGCGUGCCAGAGCAUUGUCACUGAGUUGUUUGGCCAGAGGCUAAAUGGCAUUGAUCCUGAUGCAUCUUAUAUCGCCCCUCAAAAAGACUUGAGUACUGUUGCAACUGGUUCAACUAACAAGUGUAAGGUGCUGGAAUUGCUUGAGGUUGUCCAGUUUGUAUCUCCUGAUAUCACAUUGAAGUCUUCUCAGUUUGUUUCGAGUUUGAAGUAUUCAGCUCUGGCUGAGGAUAUACUAACAAACCCAACAACCUUGGGAAGGACUGUCUAUUAUCAUUCCGAGCGUGGGGAUCGGCUUAUUGACCUAGCUUCUUUUAGAGAUAGACUCUGGCAGAAAUGCCAUUUAUAUAACUCCCAGCCAAACUCUUUUGGAACUGAAGCAGAGUUGAAUGAAGUAAGAGAAGCAAUCCAACAACUAUUACGAUGGGGAUGGCAAUACAACAAGAACCUUGAGGAACAAGCUGCACAGCUUCAUAUGUUGGCAAGCUGGUCACAGAUUGUUGAGGUUUAUGCAUCCCAGAGGGUUUCAUCUCACGAGAACCGGUCAGAUAUAUUAUUCGAAUUGCUAGAUGCGUCCUUGAAUGCUUCUGGUUCUCCUGGUUGUUCCCUGAAGAUGGCACAGAUUUUGACCCAGGUUGGUCUCACAUGCAUAGCUAAACUACGUGAUGAAAGAUUUGUCUUCCCAAGUGGCCUUACUUCAAAUACAGUUACUUGUUUUGAUAUAAUCACUACACAACAAUUAUCCAGUGGGGCUUGUCAAUCUCUUCUGUUCAAGUUAAUCAUGGCAAUUCUAAGACAGGAAUCAUCAGAAGCUUUGAGAAGGCGCCAGUAUGCUUUGCUUCUUAGCUAUUUCCAGUACUGUCGACACAUGCUUGAUUCAGACAUUCCAACAACAAUUCUGCAGUUCUUGUCAAUUGAUGGGCAGGAAUAUGGAGAUUUAGAUCUGGAAAAGCUUAACAAAGAUCAGGCUGAACUUGCACAUGCAAACUUUGCAAUUCUAAGAAAGGAAGAUCAGCAUAUUCUUAACCUGGUCAUAAGAGAUGCCACUCAGGGCAGUGAAUCUGUAAAAACAAUGUCAUUGCAUGUCCUGGAUGCAUUGAUUUGUGUAGAUCAUGAGAAAUUUUUCUUGAGUCAACUGCAGAGUAGAGGUUUUCUGAGGACUUGCUUGAUGAACAUCAGUAAUUUCUCAUAUCAGGAGGGUGUAUUUUCUCUCGAUUCUAUGCAGCGUCUUUGCACUCUUGAAGCAGAGCUUUCUUUGCUCCUGAGGAUUAGCCAUAAAUAUGGGAAGUCUGGGGCACAGGUUCUUUUUUCAAUGGGUUCUCUCCAACAUAUUGCUUCAUGCAAAGCUUUUCAUCUUCCUAUGAAGGGGAGCCUACGUCUUUUUGAUUCUAGGAUUGGGAAGAAUUAUUUGGAUGUUGAUAAACAGCGGAUGGUUGUUGCUCCAAUACUGAGAUUUGUUUACUCAUUAACUUCUCUUGUUGAUACUUCUGAGUUCUUUGAGGUGAAGAAUAAAGUUGUCCGUGAAAUAAUAGAGUUCAUCAAGGGUCAUCAGCUGCUGUUUGAUCAAAUUCUCCAGGAAAAUCUUUUCAAUGCUGAUGAACUGACAAUGGAACUACUCAAUCUUGCUGUGGGUAUACUAAGCAAGGUCUGGCCAUAUGAAGAGAGCGAUGAUUUUGGAUUUGUUCAAAGGCUAUUUGGGAUGAUCGGCACGCUUUUCUCCCGUGAUCCAGACAUAUUCACAUCAGCACAAUCUGUUCGAUCAGAGAUUCAGCAGAAGUCAGAUGUGGGCAUAUCCCGGUUGUGCUUUAGUUUGAGUUCUUAUCUGUAUUUUCUUGUUACGAAGAAGUUCCUACGGCUACAGGUUUCUGAUGGCCCAACUGACUAUCGUCCUGCAUCACAACAACCAACCCUUUACUUGCUCAUAAUUUUCCUUGGUUCCAUGACAACUGCACUUGAUAGAGCUGCAGAGGAAAAAUAUUUACUACUCAACAAGAUUAAAGACAUCAAUGAGCUGUCAAGGCAAGAAGUUGAUGAGAUUAUCAAUUUUUAUGUAUCUCAAGAUUAUGCUUCACAUGAAAACAUACAAAAGAGGAGAUUUAUUGCAAUGGUGGGCAUGUGCCGUAUUAUUGGACAUGGAAGUCGAUUUAUCAUGCUGUUGCUUCUGCUUGCUCAAAAUUUGAUGAACAUUAUCCUUGCCCACUUCCAAGAAAGCCCCGUCGAUAUGAACUUGCAUUCGCUUUGUGGAGAACUGAUUCCUGUUCUUGAACAACUUGAAUCACUGAGCGAGGAUAAGACUGGUCAUAGCCUCAAAGUGUUACAUCGGAUGGUCCAGUCUCUCAAGGAAAUCUCAAUUCAGAAGCUGACUGUUUGAUCCUUACCAGAUGAGUGUAUUUUGUUUCAUAAACUAUAUAAUACUUGUAUCAAUCAAUUAUUUCUCAGAUAUUUGAUCCUGUAGCACAAUAUAUUUUUUAGAGCUUCCAAUAGGCCAUCUUAGCUUAGAUAAAAUGCAAGAAUGUAUUUAGUUUCCAACUUUUUUGACUUACGAGUUGCACUGUAUUUCAUUGUGAAGUAGUUUCACAUUUUUCCAAUAUGAAUGAUUAAGACACUUGAUGAGAUUAAGGAAAUGGUUCACAUUCGUUCCGGACUUCCAAUAGUUGGCUUCGUAUAUUGUAUUUUUUUCUGCUUGAAUUUGUAUAUAUAUUCUUUCGAAACA